AUGGCACUGCUGAAAGUCAAAUUCAAUCAGAAGAAAAGGGUAAAACUAGCGCAGGGACUAUGGCUCAUGAACUGGUUUUCAGUGUUCGCUGGAAUCCUYGUUUUUAGCAUGGGAUUGUUCCUCAAAAUCGAGCUCCGGAAGCGAAGCGAAGUGAUGGACAAUUCUGAAAGCCACUUAGUGCCCAAUUCUUUGAUAUUGAUGGGUAUAUUAUCCUGCGCCUUCAAUGGUUUUGCUGGAAAGAUUUGUUACGAUUCUCUGGAUCCCGCUAAAUUUGCCAAGUGGAAGCCUUUGCUGAAACCUUACAUGGCACUGUGCUGCGUCUUUAACGUCCUCCUUUUCUUCGUCGCUCUGCUCUGCUUCCUCAUGCGGGGCUCCCUGGACAGCACCCUGGCCCAGGGGCUCAAGAACGGCAUGAAAUUCUACCGGGACACGGACACCCCCGGGAGGUGCUUCAUGAAGAAGACCAUCGACAUGCUCCAGAUCGAGUUCAAGUGCUGYGGCAACAACGGCUACAAAGAUUGGUUCGAAAUCCAGUGGAUCAGCAACAGAUACCUGGACUUCAGCUCCAAAGAAGUGAAAGACCGGAUCAAAAGCAAUGUGGACGGCAGGUACCUGGUGGACGGCGUCCCCUUCAGCUGCUGCAACCCCAGCUCGCCCCGGCCCUGCAUCCAGUACCAGGUGACCAACAACUCUGCCCACUACAGCUACGACUACCAGACCGAGGAGCUCAACCUGUGGCGCCGCGGCUGCCGGGAAGCGCUGCUCAACUACUACAGCGGCAUGAUGAGCUCCAUGGGCGCCGUCAUCCUCCUCGUCUGGCUCUUCGAGAUGUCGGUGAUGGUUGGCUUGCGCCUUCUCCACACCUCCCUGGAGAGCAUCACCAAUCCCGAAGACCCCGAAUGCGAAAGCGAAGGGUGGGUCCUGGAGAACAGCCUGAAAGACACUUUCAAAUCCGCGCUGGAGAAUUUGAAAAAGCUGGGUAAGUUCAACCAGGUGGAAGCAGGAGCCGAAGGGGCUGAAGGAGAGGAAGGUGGGAAGACGCCAGCCAUCACAACGGUCAGUUGAGCUGCUCACUGAGGUGGACUUUUUCUCAGAGAAAAAUAACACAGACUGAGAAUUGUGAAAUUGUGAAUACACCUUCUAAAAGCUAUGUAUCAACCACCAGAAUACACAUUUCUAUGCAUGUCUCUUUUGUACAUGGGAGCAUACAAUAUAGUGCACCUUGGGAUAAAACAUUUAUCCAUAAUGUGAGUAUACCAUAUCCAUCUUUUUGGGGAUAUGACCCCAAUUAGGAUUUGCAAUAUUCACAAGUUCCCUUAUCAGAGACAGUUAGUUUAAGAAAAAAAAAACAAAAAAAAAACUUAAAAAAAAAAGAUUGCUGGAAUCACAUGGUGAUCCAUUCCAUCUUAUUUUGAAACUAAAAGUSGAAUUUGAAAAGUUAAUAUUUUUCGCUCAAGUUGUUUCAUCAGCAUACUUUCUGUACUUCAGCUUUUAAAGACAAGCAGAUUGGGUUUCUGGAGAGUAACAUGGUAGAAUUCAAAGAAAGAAGGAUUUCCAGAAUUGUAUAUAACUUAGUCUACAGGUAUUUUGACAAACCACUCAUAYGUGAUUUUUGUUAAUGUGCUAAGCAAUGGUAUUUUCUGCUGUAUUCUUAAGAUGUACAUAGAACAAAAUGCAAACUUAUGCUGAGAUUUAUGUACUAAGCAAAAAUURUAAUGUCAUGAAGCAGCCAAGCAUCAUAAAAACAUUCAGGUAAGAUUCAUGGGGUUUGUUUCUCAGGGUUUUUUUGCAGGCUGUAUAUCUUAAAUGCAUGUGUUGUAGCUUACAUUUUACCUUGUAUUUAAACUCUUCACAGAAGCUUAGAAGAUUCGUCUUAGAAUGGGUGGAAUCCAGGCUAUGAGCAUGUGCCAGUUAUGGUUACUCUGGACAUUUUACAGAGUAUGUAAUCUCAUAACUUGCUCCAGAAUAUCUGAGCCCAAACAUUUUUAAGACAAGAAAAAGACAAACCCAAAACCAGACAGGCCACUUAGAACUCAGACUUUAAAUGUUUUACAGGGGCCCAGAAAAUGGAUGCCAUUCACCCACCAGUACAUCAAGCCCCAGCACUUCAGGCCAGGGAAAACUAAGUUUAAAUCAAUCCCCAAUGUGCAAAUUUUACUUUUCUUUAUCAGCGACAGGGCAUCCCUCUUUUACAUCAAAAGAAAGGCACAUUUUGCAUAUGCUGCAUCUCUCCAAACACUGUCAUAGCUGGAAGAUCCUGUUCUCAUAUACCAAGUUGGAAWAAAAUAUGGAAAGAGUUUGCUGUGGUGUGCAGCCUCUAAUAAGGGAACAGAGCAUCAUCUUGAGUUUAUUUUCAGCUGAAGGGAACGAAACCCGAGAGAACAAGCCCCAGCCUCCUGCACCUGAUUGCAGACACCUCAGUCCCUCCCUACAAGCCAGGCACCAACCACACUUAUUUUUACCUGGCUGUGCAAACCCUCUGCCUCUCGGGGGUGCACCUGGGAGAGGCUUCUCAGUGGGUGCACUGAGCUGGUGGCCCUCCAAGGGAGCAGUGUUUGCAGCUGCGGAACCAUUGCACAGCCCGCUGGUUUCCCUUCUCAAUCACUUGUGCACUUGCCCCAGCAGCACUCAGCUCCUCCGCCUUCUGUCCAAAUUCCUUCCAGGGUGGACAGAUCAGUUCAAGGCAGGACAGGUAGGGAUGUGUCCAUAYAUUUCCAUCUCAGUGCCCAGGCUGUUUCAGGCCGCCUGCACGCAAGGUUUGAUUUUGACAGGUGUCUGCGGUGUCCUUUCACUUUCUCAAAGCUGGUCAAAGCUUUUAACUUUAGUUAUCACCAUGAAUUUAGUUACAAUAAUGAAUUAAAAUGUCACUCUCCUGCGCAUAAGACUGACUAGGACAAGGGCACUGACAAAAGGCCAASUUGCUACUCACCACAGCCUAUCGUCUCUUGCUCUGCUGAGGGACAGAACUGUACGAGCCAGAGCAGCUCCUCCCUGCUCAGUAGGAUGUCACUGGGGCCRGCUGCCCCUCUCAGCUGGUCUAUUAGAGAAGGACAGGGUUGUGGAUGGCACACAAUGUGGCCACAUGUACCAGGGAAGAGUGUUUCAGAGGAGUCACACGUGGAUAGGAGCUGCGUUACAAGGAUUAAUUACAGUCUUUCCUUGUGAGGCUUCAGCGAGCUGUGAUCUAUACCAGUUAUUUUACUAGAUGUCUGAACUUCCAAAGAGAUCUAGAUUUAUUGCUGCCCUAGAAAUCUGGCUUAGGCCUUGACUUAGACAGGAUUCUCAAAUUAUUCAUGGUCCCUAUUUUUUAUCAGAUUAUUGCUAAAGCAACGUAACAAAUUGUCAUUCUUUCAACRCCACAUUGGAGAAGCCAGUUCCCAGAGCAAUGGUAUCAGGCAGGUAAACAGACCAUCUGAGACAGGUUCAUGAAGGGUAGUACUGGUACCAGGGAACAAAGAGUAUGUGGGCUAAUGCUGUCUAAAAUAAAGCCUCCUGAUUGAUGAAGAUCUUUGUGACAUCUUAUGAUUACCACAAGAUUGUAAUACAACUGCUUUGUAAAAUAUUACAUGUAAUAUAUCACUUGUCCAUUCUUACAUAUACUUUCUUGUGAUACUGCAAAUGAUGUUCUAGAUAAAGAUACUUCUGCUGACUGCAAAUGUAAAUUUAGGUAUUAAAAURUUAUUGCAAGUAAAGAUCUGUUUAAAGAAAAUGUUAAAA